AUGGGCCGCCCUUUUGCUACCGGAUUGCCUCAUUAUGGGCACAUUCUUGCAGGGACCAUCAAGGAUGUUGUGACACGCUGGGCUCAACAAACUGGGCAUUAUGUGGAGCGCCGCUUCGGCUGGGAUACCCAUGGAUUGCCUGUCGAAUAUGAAAUCGACAAAGCGCUUGGCAUCAGUGGACCUGCUGAUGUCAUGGCCAUGGGAAUUGAUAAAUAUAAUGCGGAAUGUCGAAAGAUUGUCAUGCGUUAUGCCUCUGAAUGGGAACACAGCGUUAAUCGAAUGGGAAGAUGGAUCGAUUUCAAGAAUGACUACAAAACGAUGUAUCCGUGGUUCAUGGAGUCCGUGUGGUGGGCUUUCUCAGAGUUAUUCAAGAAAGGCCUUGUUUACAAAGGAGUCAAGGUGAUGCCUUAUUCUACUGCUUGCUGCACUCCAUUAUCGAAUUUCGAAGCUGGCUUAAAUUACAAAAUGGUCAACGAUCCGGCAGUUUGCGUUGGUUUCAAAGUUGAAAAUAUGGAAAAUCGAUACUUGGUCGCGUGGACCACCACACCGUGGACACUGCCUUCUAAUCUGGCUCUCGUUGUUCAUCCAGACUUAGAAUACGUGUUGGCACGAGAUAAAAACACAAAUGUCGAAUACAUUGUCAUGGAAUGCCGCCUUGGAGAACUCAAAAAUGAUCAUUUGGAGAUUUUGGAAAAGUUCCCGGGAAAAAAACUCGAGGGUACUUUAUAUGAACCGCUGUUUCCAUAUUUCAAACAUAUGCGCCAAGAGCGAAAUGCUUUCCGUGUCCUCGUCAACACGUUCGUCACCACUGAUCAAGGAACGGGAGUUGUACAUGAAGCUCCUUACUUUGGAGAGAUUGACUUCCAAGUUUGCCUUGAAAACAAAAUCAUCACUAAAGAUAUGAAGGUCGUUUGUCCUGUUGAUGAAACUGGCCGCUUUACCAAUGAAGUCUCUGAUUGGGCUGGAAUGUAUGUCAAAGAAGCAGAUAAGCUCAUCAUCAAGAAUUUAAAGGAAAGGGGACAUCUGGUUCAUCGCGGCGAAGUUGAACAUUCUUAUCCUUUCUGCUGGCGCUCUGAUACUCCACUACUGUACAAAGCAGUCCCUUCAUGGUUCAUUCGAGUAGAAGAAGUCGUGCCAAAACUAUUGGAGAACAAUGAGAAGACUUAUUGGGUUCCUUCAAUAGUCAAAGAGAAGCGUUUUGCAAACUGGCUUCGUGAUGCGCGUGAUUGGGCAGUUUCGAGGAAUCGUUUUUGGGGCACACCAAUAAAUCUUUGGGUUUCUGAUGACGGAGAAGAAAUUGUGUGCAUCAGUUCAAUUGCACAACUAGAAGAAUUGAGCGGCGAAAAGAUAACCGAUCUUCACCGAGAAAGCGUUGAUCAUAUUACCAUUCCUUCACGAACAGGAAGAGGGGUUUUGAAACGAGUCAGCGAAGUGUUCGAUUGUUGGUUUGAAUCUGGAUCGAUGCCCUAUGCACAGAAUCAUUACCCAUUUGAAAGAAAAAAAAUCUUUGAGGAAAAUUUCCCUGCGGACUUCAUUGCUGAAGGCAUUGACCAAACUCGAGGAUGGUUUUACACUUUAUUGGUACUUUCAACGUGUCUUUUUGGGAAGCCACCAUUCAAGAAUCUGAUUUGCAAUGGGCUGGUCUUGGCCGAAGAUGGAAGUAAAAUGUCCAAACGAAAGAAGAAUUAUCCGGACCCUAUGGAAAUCGUCAAUAAAUAUGGAGCAGAUGCACUUCGACUCUAUUUGAUCAACUCGCCUGUGGUUCGUGGAGAAAAUUUGCGUUUCCGAGAAAGUGGAGUCAAUGAGCUUUUAAAAGAUGUUUUCCUGCCUUGGUUUAAUGCGUAUCGCUUCUUGGCUCAAAACUUGAAGACUUAUGAAAGUGAAAGUGGAGCUCCAUUUGAGCUCGUACCACUUGCCAAGGACGGAAAUGUCAUGGAUCGUUGGGUUGAGUCCUUCACCAAUUCUCUUGUGCGUUUUGUAACAACAGAAAUGAAUGAGUAUCGUCUUUAUGCCGUCGUUGCGCCACUUACACGUUUCUUCGACACGUUAACCAAUUGCUACAUUCGCCUCAACAGGAAACGCAUCAAGGGAGAAAGUGGUAUAGAAGAACAAGCCGUGGCCCUUUCAGUACUAUGCCGAGUUCUGUCCAUCAUUUGCCGUUUGAUGGCACCGUUUACACCAUUCUUCUCGGAAUACGUGUGGCAACAUCUCAAACAGGUGGUUGGGGCCACUGAAGAAUCUGUUCAUUUCUGUCUGGUUCCAAAGCCAAAUGAAGACGCCAUUGAUGAAGGUGUUGAAAGAAGCGUUCAGGCUAUGAGGUCUGUCAUGGAAUUGGUCCGAGUAGUGCGAGAUCGUAAAGGCAUUGCCAUCAAGUAUCCGCUCAAAGAGAUGAUUGUAAUCAACAGAGAUGCACAAUUUCUUGACGAUGUUGAUAAUUUGAGUCACUACAUUCUCUCCGAGGCAAUUAAAUGUCGCAAGCUUGUUGUGAGCAGCGAUAAGGAAAAGUAUGGAGUUCGAUUGAAAGCUGAACCUAACUUCCGUUUACUCGGGGCUCGACUUAAAGGCGAUCAGAAGAAAGUGGCCGAGUAUUUGAAGAAAGAAAUUAGUCAAGCAGAGCUUGCACAAUUUCUGAAUGAAGGAAAAUUGGUGGUAGUGGGAUACGAAUUGACAAGCGAAGAGGUUUCAGUCAGCUACAGGGGGAUGGGUGAUCAAGCGGCGACACACCAUGAAUAUCAUUCCGAUGUUAAUACUAUCGUGGUUGUCGAUGUCUCGGAAGAUGAUACGUUGCUAGAAGAAGGAUUGGCUCGAGAGGUCACGAAUCGCAUUCAGAAGCUACGCAAAGCUGCCAAGUUAGUGCAAACCGACAAAGCCUCUGUUUAUUGUACUGUGUCUCCACCAGGGUGUAAAUUAUCUUUGGUUCUUGAUGCACACAAGGAAAAGAUUCAACAGGCUACCGGUACACCAAUGUUUUUUGAAACUCCGCCCACGGGAAUGAAAGUGGAUGUGGAGUUGGCAGAAGCGCAAGCCAAAAUUAAAGGGAUGCCGGGGAAAUCAAGCGAGAACGGGCCACAAAGCAAAACAAGCGCUAAGCAAGAUGAACUUCUUGUUCUCUACAAUGGUAAAUCUUUGUCUGUGCGACUCACGACAAAGGACGCAAAAAUGGAAAAAUAUUCGGACUUGCUUUAUGAGAUCAGAUCAGCUUUUGGUCUUUGGUCAGGAUCGGUUAAGCUGGCCAUGGAAGAUGGGAAGUUAAUUCACUCGACAUCUCCAAUCGGGAAGUUAAUGGGAAAAACCGUCAAUACCCGAAGCUUCGAAUCAUGGUUGAGGGCAAAGAAAUUAAUGGCACCUUUACUAUCAGCUCGGGAUAUCUUCCGC